AUGCCAGUGCUUGGCCUCGCGACCACAAUCGUCGAUAUCUGCAUCUCGUUCCGGCUGUGCUUAUUGCCACGAGUAGGCAGCACGGCCGCGCCAAGGCUCUGUGAGGUGUGCGCAAAUUGUUCCAGAGUUGCAUCUGUGCCAACACCCCGCUGCCUGAGCGUCCAUAGCUUGUGUGGCGUGGCCCACUAUUUCGCCUGGGUUUUGUGGGAUGCCCUGCGCGUUGGCCACCUGCCACGAGGUUGGUGUGCUCCCACUGCAAAGUUUUUUGGUUGGGCACGGGCCUUUGCAAUGACUUAUUUGUUGGCAGGUGGACAGGCUCCUCCGUUGUAG